AUGUGCGACGAACGCGCAAACCAACGCUAUCAACCCUCCACCCCUCUUGCGCCGCCCUCUCCCUUCCUCCCCCAUCCCCCUCUCCCCUUCCCCCCAUCUCCCCCCACAAACCCUUUUCAAUCUUCCCCCUAUCCGCUCCCAUUUACCCCUUCCCCCUAUCCGUCCCCCGACCUCCCCGCAGCUCCAGGCGAUUGCGGGGGCGGAAUCCCAGAUCGGGGGAAUGGGGAGAAGAAGGCGGGAGAGGAGAGGGAAGAGGAGACGGAGGAGGGGAAUGGGGAGGGAGGGAGGGAAAAAGCGGAAGGAGGAGGGGGGAAGGGCGGGGCCGUGAGGAGUCUGCUGGGCCAAUCAUGUCGCUGCUUGAUGACAGAGCAGACGUUUGCCUGCCUGGUGGCGGCGUGUGAGAGCUCGGAUCCGCAGCUGUCGAACCCCAUCCUGCUCAAGACAGUGCGACGAGCGCGCCCCCUGUACGCCAUAGUGCAUCGCACAGACGAGGGCCUGGUGGUUGACAUAGGGCCGUGCGUGGGAGGGGGAGGGGAGGAGUGGGCUUUUGUGACAGGCAGGCAGCUAGAAUUCUUCUUUCACUUCACCUCGGCCAUUCCACCCCCCUCCCCCACCUUCCUCACCCCCCAUCAGCGCGCCCCCUCCCACCCCCUGUACGCCAUAGUGCAUCGCACUGACGAGGGCCUGGUGGUUGACAUAGAGCCGUGCGUGGGAGGGGAGGAGUGGGCUGGGAGGUGGAAGAAGAAGAAGGGAGGGAAGGCGGCGGCACGUGCGAGUGAGGCACGAGGGAAAGUCGAGGUGGGGAGUGUGGGGGAAUCAGGAGGAAAGGCAGGUAGCGGUAUAGAGGAUGCGUCUGGAAAGGGUGGGGAGGGGAAGGACGGAGUAGUUUCGUGGAGGUGUUUGAAUGGGUAUGCGCAGGGUGGUGGUGGAGAUGAGAGCUGUCAGAAGGAAGGGGAGAAGCCGGAGAAAGGAGAGGAGGAAGAGAAGAAAGGGGAGAAGGAGGAGAAGGGAGGGGAAGAGGAAGAGGAAGAGAAGCAAGGGGAGGAGGGAAAGAAAGGGGAGGAGAAGGAACAGGAUGAGGAGGAGGAAGAGGAGGAGGAGGAAGAGGAGGAGGUCGAUAUGUCGAUGCUGGAGUGGUCAGCUCUGGACAAGCACGAGAGGACGAGUGCGAGUAUUGCCAAGCUGCAAGACAUCGAUGACGACAUGCCUAAGCUGUGCAACACGCUUGUGCAGGUGAGUGGGACAGGGAGAAAAGGGAGGAGAGACAUGGAAUUGCGGGAGCUGGCAGGGUACGACCGCGUUCUGCUGUACCAGUUCCAUGAGGACCUGCACGGGGAGGUCGUGGCAGAGGCCAAAGCAGAGGCUCAGGCGUCUCUGUUGGGGCUGCACUACCCUGCGACUGAUUGCCCUCAGAUCUACCGAACGAUGUUUGUAGAUAUGCGGCUGAGAUUGAUCGCAGACGUCGCGGCACCAGACGUGCACAUCAUCCAGCACCCCUCCCUCGUCAAGAACAUCAGCCUCUCCAAGUCAACGCUCAAGGGGCCCUCAGAGCACCAGUCAACACGAGUCAAGACGAGUGAACACGAGUCAAUGCAACACGAGUCAAUGCACAAGUCAACCCAGGUCAACGCCCUUCUCUCCCCCCCACCAGGCGUGUCCAGCUGUCACAAGGAGUACUGCGCAAACAUCGGCAUCGGGGCGUCACUAGUCAUGGCGAUAGUGGUAACCACACGGGGCCCGCAGAGCACCAGUGUGCGCAAGCUGUGGGGGCUGGUGGUAUGCCACCACAUGUCGCCGCGCUUCCUGCCCUACCCACAGCGGUUCGCCUGUGACUUCCUGCUGCAGGCCUUCGCCCUGCAGCUAGCCAUGGAGCUGGAGCCAGCAGAGCAUGCAGCGGAGCGACUCACUUGUCUCACCAUCUCCACCCCUCCUCAUCCCCUCCCCCACCAUCUCCACCCCUCCUCAUCCCCUCCCCCACCAUCUCCAGCCAUGGAGCUUGAGGCGGCAGAGUGCUUCGCUUUCAACUCAACUCUCCCUAUCCACCUCACCUCCCCCCAUAUAUCCCCUCCAUCUCAACAGGCCUUCGCCCUGCAGCUAGCCAUGGAGUUAGAGGCGGCAGAGCAUGCAGCGGAGCGCCGCACGAUGCAGAUGCAGGCCAUUCUGUGCGGCAUGCUGUCCAGGGACGUACCUCUGGGGUUGGUGCGACAGAGCCCCAACAUCAAAGACCUGGUGCCAUCGGACGGGGCGGUGCCAUCGGACGGGGCGGUGCUGCUGCAUGCGGGCAGGGCAUGGUGGGUGGGGGCGUGCCCAGCAGAGGACGACAUGAAGGAGAUAGCGCGCUGGCUGCGCCUCAAAGACACCCACCUGCUGCAACACACCGUCUUUGUCACCAACUCUCUGGAACAAGCUGGGCUGCCCUUCGCGUCUCGCCUCGCCCCGGCUGUCUGCGGGCUCGCUGCUGCCAUGGUGUCGAGCCGAGGAGACUUCCUCAUGUGGUUCCGAUCUGCUGGGCUGCCCUUUGCUUCCCGCCUCGCCCCGGCUGUGUGCGGGCUGGCUGCUGCUAUGGUGUCGAGCCGAGGAGAUUUCCUCAUGUGGUUCCGCUCAGCUGGGCUGCCCUUUGCCUCCCGCCUCGCCCCAGCUGUGUGUGGGCUGGCUGCUGCUAUCGUGUCAAGCCGAGGAGAUUUCCUCAUGUGGUUUCGGUCAGCUGUGUGUGGGCUGGCUGCUGCUAUCGUGUCAAGCCGAGAAGAUUUCCUCAUGUGGUUUCGGUCAGUCUUUCCUCUCAUUCCUUCCUUCGCCUCCCGCCUCGCCCCCGCUGUGUGUGGGCUGGCUGCUGCUAUCGUGUCAAGCCGAGAAGACUUCCUCAUGUGGUUUCGGUCAGCGGGGCACAAGGACAGCCACACAGUGAGGGGGGGCGCCACCAUGCAUUCCGUUGAUGCCUUCUCCCUCUCCCCCUCUCCCCCUCUCCCCCUCUCGCCCUCUCCCCCUCUCCCCCUCUCCCCAUCUCCCCAUCUCCCCACCUCCCCACCUCCCCCGAACAUUACUUGGGCGGGGCACAAGGACUCGCAUACAGUGAGGGAGGGCGCCACCAUGCAUCCCCGCAACUCGUUUGCGGCGUAUCUCGAAGUGGUGAAGCUGCAGAGCCAGCCCUGGACUGAUGCUGAGGUGGACGCCAUGCAAGGGCUGCGCCUCAUAGUGAAGGACUCGCUUCCCCACCCUGAGCCUCAAGACCUGAAGCUGAAGAUCCAGGCCCAGCUGAAUGCAGAGCGGCUCACCAUCCAGUCACAGCUCAAAGAGGUCGCCAAGACUCUAGAAAACCAGCUCGAAUCCGCCCACACGCCCAUCAUCGGCAUCAGCAGCGACGGCACCGUCACCGAGUUCAACAGCAAGGCCGCCCACAUCACGCGGCGGGCCAAGAGCGAGGUUCUCGGGAGCAACUUCUUUGCGAGCGUGCUGGCUCCCGAGUCUCACGCGCACUUUGUGGCUGCUAUUGAGGUGCUGGCGGAAGGGGAGGACGUUCAGCCGUUUGAUGUGGCUCUGCUGGCGCGAUCUGCUGAUUCUGUUGAUGCUGCCGCCGCUGCUGCUGCUGGAGCUGGGGGUGGUGGAGCAGGAGGAGGACGAAGGGGGGGAGGGGUGGUGGGGGAGUUGGAUCGGCUGGUGCAUGUGUUGGUGAGCGCGUAUGGGCAGCACGACCGGCACGGCAACCUGAUGAGCGUGCGGCUGAUGGGGCAAGACAUCACCGCGCUUAAAGUGCUGGCUGGGGAGUACAAGAUGCCCGAAGCGGAGGCUCGGGCAGCUGUGGACCAAUCAGAUCUCUUGGUUUUCACGGUGGACGAGUGCGGGCGGGUGACCGAAUGGAAUGCUGCCAUGGAGCAGACCAGCGGGCUGCCCCGAGAAAAAGUUGUGGGGAGGCGACUUGUGGGGGAGGUGCUUAGCAGCAAUCCCAUGCUGCUCAUUCCGGACCAGGAUAACUUGGUAAUGUUUGAGAUCGCCCUCUGUCAGGCUCUCAAUGGGAGGGACACGAGGAACCACGAGCUGCAGCUCAAGACGUGGGAUGGCCGCCCCAUGGACACUCUCCUGCACAUCAUCAGCAGGCGCUCCCCCACGGGCGAGCCGGUGGGAGCGACGUGCUUCAUGCAAGACGUGGUAGAGAGGAGGGCAGCAGAGAAUGCAUCGGCUAUGAAGAUGGUGGCAGAGGCGGCCAGCCAGGCCAAGACCAUGCAGCUGGCAUGCUUGUGCCACGAGAUCCGCAACCCACUGAACGGCAUCCUCUCAUCCAUCAGCUUCAUGGAGGGCACAGAGAUGUCAUCCGACCAGCGGGACCUGCUGCACGCCACCUCGGCGUGCGGCAAGUACCUGCGGAGGGUGGUGGACAAUGUGUUGGAUCUGAGCAAGCUCGAGAAGGGGAAGCUGGAGGUGGAGAGCGAGCCGUUUGAGCUCAUACACGUGGUGGAUGCUGUGAUUGCACAGUUCGGAUCCCACCUCUCCCCUUGGCCAUGUAGCUCCCUCCCAUGCAAGCUGGAGGUGGAGAGCGAACCGUUUGAGCUCAUACACGUGGUGGAUGCUGUGAUUGCACAGGUGGAACAUGAGAAUGCGGGCAACGACAAGGGCCUGCAGGUGUUUUGCUCGGUGAAGCCGCAGUGUGCCGAUGUGAUUGUAAAGGGCGACAAGCAGCGCGUGCAGCAGAUCGUUGCAAACUUCCUAAGCUCGCCUCUCUCAUGCACGGCACUCUCUCCUGCCACUCCGCCCCCUUCCAACGCCCCUCCUUCCAUCUUUACAUGCCCUGCCCCUGAUCCCCUCUCUUCUCUCGCCCCUUUCCGCCCUCUUCCCAGCAGCUCCUCUGCCCCAGCAGGAUCAGGCCUGGGGCUUAUCGUAAGUCAGAAGCUCGCCUCACUCAUGCACGGCACUCUCUCCUGCGACUCUACCCUCUCGCAAGGCUCCUCCUUCCGCCUCUCCCUCUCGCUCCCCUUCGCCGGCCGUUCCAAUCACGCCGACCCUGCUGACGCUGGCGCUGACAUGGCGGCGGGCCAUGCCAGCCUGGCGCCAGGUGGCAUGAUGAGCUGUUACUUGAGCAACCGGGUGAAAGGGGUGGUGUAUUCGUCGGUGGGGGUGUGGAGUAGUGCUGAGGAGAUAGCAGCUGCACCAGUUGUACCUCCCUCUCUCUCCAGAAGCCUCCCUGCUUCUCUGUCUGCCCCAACUGGCAUGGCUGCUGGUGCUGCUGCUGCAGGGAGGGUGCAGACUGGACCAGGCUUAUCUGGAGCAGGCUUAUCUGGAGGAGCACAUGUGACAGCUGGAAUGGCAGGCAUGACCCUUACUGGAGCACCCUCUCGUGGUCUUGCCCCUGGGGCUGCUGCUGGUGCUGCUGGUGCCACUGCUGGUGCCACUGCUGGUGCUGCUGGUGCAAAUACCGCCAGUCCUUUCACCAGCACAACUACCUAUGGCGAUGACUCUCUCACAGCUGCUGCUGCUGCUGUCUCUGGGACCACCGGUUCUGCUUCAUUUGCUUCUGCUGGUGCUCCUGCUGGUGCUCCUGCUGCUGCUGCUGCUGCGGCAGCUGCUGCUAUUCCGAGUUAUAAUGGUAACGGGGCGGUCACGGCACAAGUGGGCGGAGGAGCAGGAGGACCUGGAGGAGGAAAUGACAGUCGGGUGUUUUCGAGGUUGGAAAGCCAUGGUUCGGAAGAGGGCUCGGCACAUGCGGCAGCGGAGGAUGCUGACGUGGACGCUGCUGCGCUGGCGGCAAUCGUUGAGCUGGAGGCUGCAUAUGGUGGUCGGGUAAUGGUGCAGGUGUUACGAGAGGUGGUGGAUUUCCGGGAAGUUGCGGUCUUGGUGGAAGUGGGUGUGAUGAAGGAAAUGGGUGACAAUGGAGGCGUGGAAAAUAAAGAUGGGACUGCGGGAAGCAACGAGAUGGCUAUUGUGAGUACGCAGCAAUGGGGCUCAGCGCUGAGACUUGGGCCAUUGGCUGAUGCGUUGCGCAGUGCAACGAAAGCGGCGGUUGUAGCGGCCAACCGGACGCUUGUAGCAGCACAAGCUCGAGGCGGAGGAGUUCACGGGCAUGUGGCUUCCGCCAUGGCUGCCAUGGCGACAUUGCUUCCCGCACUUAGCUCCGCCGCGGUUUCCGCCAGUUUCUCCACCGUCUCGUCGCGGAGCAAGAGCCUCGCAUGCGAGCCCCUCACUUUCUCCAUGCGCUCACUCCGCCUCGCCGUCCCCCAGGCCGCCGCCACCACCGCACCAGUGGUCGAGCUGGCAGCUGACGUGGCGGAGGCCACGUCAGCAGUGGAGGAGCUGCCGCUACAGUCAGCAGAGGACAUCAAGGCGGCGCGGAAGGAGGAGCAGCGGCGCAAGCGAUUGGUGCAGAAGAGGAAGCUGAGGAAGAAGGGCAGAUGGCCGCCCUCCAAGAUGAAGCAGCACCAGAAUGUGUAA